AUGACAUUGAGUAAUUGUGCGUCCCUGGAUAAUUUAUUCUACGAUCCGCCAGAAGAAGAACAGAACAGCAAGUUUAUCGAAGCUGUGAGAAUCUCGAUGAGUAAAAGCAAUAUGGGUCCUCCUCCUGUUGAGGCGAACGGGAAGUACUGUCUAAGAAAGGUAAAGUCUUUGAAUGCCAAACAAUGGAAAAUAAACAAGAAAAAAUAUAGUUCACUGCCGGCGGCCACCAGGAAGAAGAAGAAUUUCGAUUUCUAUAAACAGCGAAACUUAAUCUUGAAUUUAAAUUUAUGGAAAUUCAUCAAGUUCAUCAAUUUUAACGGUAAAAAUAAUUACGAUAAGAACAACAAGCAUGUGAAGCACUUGAGUAAGACAGUAAAAAACGACGGUAUGUCACCUUUUCAAAAAGCCAAGAAAAUCGACAACGAUAGAAGACUGGAAAAUAUUUUCUGGAGGAGCUGGUUCAAGGCGCAUAAAAAAAAGGACGCUGCAGACUGCCAACAGGAGAGACACAUUAGGUUCAACGAUAACGUUGAACAGUGUAUCAUCACCAAUGAGCACUUCAUACAAAAGCUACCCUCCACACAGUUGAAUUCGUCCGAUGACGAAGAUCCGGGUUUUCAACUCGGGUUCGAACCCAGCUCUGGUUACAGCAAUAGUAAGCGAGUCUUCUACGACUAUAACCGUGUCUACGUUGCCAGUGAUACUGCGACCGCUGUGGCUACUGCUAUUAUCAAUACUAGCAACGAAGACCCCCAGCACAAGCACGAUAUCCGUGACGUGCCAAGUAAUAUCUUGCCGCAAGAAGAAGAAGCAGACCUAAGCAGUGUGCUUCGGGUCGACCCCAAUCUCAACUUGUCCAACAUAAGCCACCAUUCCUCCGCAUCUUCCUCGUCCAGUUCAGGCCAUUCGACGUUUAUCUUCGAGUCGGAAACUGAAACGGAUACAGACACGGACACGGACACGGACACGGACACUACAAAUGACACGAUACCCACCGUGCUCUUAUAA